CGACAGUCCUGCCGCACCGCCAAAACGUAUCACACAAUCGUCGGCCAGGCCCUUGCCAUGCGAUGUCGAAGCAGAGCCCCAGACUUCGACGCAGGACCAUGACAGCGAUCUGCUUCGUGUGCAACCUGCCGAUCCUGAGUCAUCAGGUCGAGCUGAUAUGGCAGGGCGGCAAUGGCUGGGACGACCUCAUGCGAGAGCAGGCGGAGGAGUCCACUCUGAGGCAACGCCUGGGAACAGGCAGGCGAGAUUCCGCGGCGCAGAUCACGUCGAUCUCGCCACCGAACGAGACUCAGGAUUGCUCGCCGACGAACCAGGGUCGUCGGCGAUCGAGCCUUGCUCAGCUGACCGACAUUCUGCGUGAAUGGGGCGGCGGGGGUACCUCGACGAAAAGCAGCCGCAGCAACAAGCUCUGCCGAAGGGAGACCUUGGCGGACAUCGCCAAGUCACUGCCGUGGUCGCGCCAAACCACCACCGAUGCCAGCCACCUGGUUAGUCUGCGAAAGAGGCGGGAGAGCUCGGUCGACAGCGGGAUUCGGAGCGGGAGUCAAGUGUCGAGCAAGUCCAGACGGGACUCCGCCAUCAGUGACCUUAAGAACGACAUAGCCAGACUCUGGAGCAAGAAGGAUGUGCUGUUGCCGCAGCCGCCACCCACGGUCAUCUCGCCCACGCCACGUCGAGGCUCGGGUGAAUCGAGAAACUCUCGUCGCGGUUCGGGCGAGAGCGCGAGAUCCAGGAGGGAUUCGGUGGUUACCGGACAAUCUCAGAGUCCCGGCGACCGUAAGCACAAUUGUCGUCAUCACAGACGUAGGCAAUCUCAACAGUCUGUCGAUGGAGGUGGCGUCACGCCUACCAAGUAUUACAGAAAUGAUCAAAGACCGAGCGCUUCCAGCACAGACAGCGCGGGCAGUAAUACGGUUCGAGAACAUCUCGAGGCUCCGAGAAACUCCACGGAAAGAAGCGAGAGAUCGAGUAGCUUCGAAGCCAAGACUCAACCGACAGGUCCCACAAUGAUCGAUACAAAAACGGUGAUGACGGUGUCGUCCUUGAUAGUCAACGGCAAGACGUCCGUGGUCACUACAACGGCGACCGAAUCAACGAGGACAACGACGGUGUCGAUCAACACCUCGCCAGUGAUAGCCAGCCUGGACGUGAGCCCACCGACCAUCGUUAUGUCCUCGGUAACGCCACCGGCGAUCUCACCGACGGCCGGAAGUAGCCUUCCGCUUCCCGGCACUUCGACUUCCGGUAGCUCCAGCCCGGUCGGCUCACCGAACGUCAACAACACACCUACGCAUCCGUACACUCGAAGAGACUCGACCACGCAGGUAUGUAAUUUCGCAAAGGGUAAAGAAGUCUCGCCGAGUAAAUUGUCGAGGUUGAUACGCCAGCAAGCAGCAAUUGAUGAAUCGUUGCCACCAACAGGACGUCGUGGCAGCCAGCCAACUUUAUCAGCGGAUCCUGAUGACGGGGGUCGGAAAGCACGGAGAGACUCCUUAAGCCCGGAUUCUGCUUCCUACCUGCGACGUCGCGAUUCAAAAAGUCAUCUGAGUCCUGAUAGAACCGAUAAGAGAGAUAUCAGCCCUAUCAGACAGAGAAAAGGUCGUUUAAGAAGACAGUCCACUUCCAUGGCUGGUCGGCCACCACGAUCGCCGGAUAGUUCCUCGUGUUCGUCCAGAGAGCCCAGUCCUUGCGCCCGCGCACCUGAUAAUAUUCACCGUGCGCCGAAAAUCGUACGACGACAAUCCACCACGGAAGAGAUUCUGAUAGCGCGCGGUUUUCGACGGCAGAGUACCACCGAAGAGAUGAUACGAUGCCGCAACUUUAGACGACAGAGCUCUCAAAGUGACGACGUGGCUCAGAGAUUUCGCGGACGAAGAGACAGUUCGGCUCAAAUCACGGAUGGCACUUUCGCGUCGAUGACAGUUGAAACGUCCAGCACCUUAUUUGACAGCAGCACCCAGACUGAACCGUCGCCGUUGUACGACAACAACCACUACCACGAGGAGUGCCUAAAAUGUAACAGCUGCGGCCUGAAUCUCACGGGACCCAAUCAAAAGCGGGCGAGACGAUUCAAGAACCAGAUACUUUGCGAUCUGCACUUUGCCGACGUGGCGCUGAUGGAGUGCUCGGACUUCAUGCAGCAGUUGCGCAGCUUCAAACCACAAAGUUUAGGCUGUGCAGUUGCGAGAAGAAAGUCCUCGACUACCCUGAUCUUCCCGCUGCCACCUCAGGCGUGCUCCGACGAGUUCUGCCAAGAGUUCCCGCACAACCUGAUAGCGACACCCGGCUACUGGAUCGAAUGCUCGCGGCAACAGAUCACGUCAGACACGAUCUGGGACGAGAGUGAGAGCGAACACGAGGGUACCGAUCCCGAACAGAUAGAUGGACGGAGCGUGGAGGAGCGUCCGUCGAUGCUGAAGCGGCAGGAGAAGAGUGUCUCCUGCCUAUUCGAAGCGGAGAAUGAGACAGGCGACACGGACGAUCCACCUCGAAAGAAGACCAUCAUCGAGGAGCAAUGGGAAAAGAAUCAGGGUUUCGAGCUCACCUCCGUCGAACAGGAGACCUACGAGAAAUAUUUCUACGGCUCGGAGCAUUGGAAUUAUUUUACAAACGACGAGGAUUUGGGACCGGUGAUACUCAGCAUCAAACAAGAGACGCUCAACAAUCGUGACCAGUUCAGGAUUUUGGUCAGAGCCAUCAGUUACACGGUCCACGGCCUUAUCCCCGCCAGCUGCGUCUUUGCCGACCGGUAUAAUCGAGAAGAAGUGGUACGUAGUCUCGGCAAGGAGGUGAACAUCAAUCCGCCGUUAAUCCUGGGCCAAUUGCCAGAUACGCCCGAAGAACUUCUGAAGCUCGAUCAAGUUUUUAUCAAGUCUGAGCUGAAGGUGGGGUUGAUUUAUGUCCAGGAAGACCAGUACACCGAGGAGGAGAUACUCGAUAACAACGACAACUCGCUGCUCUUCGAGGAGUUCCUGCAGAUUCUCGGAGACAAGAUCAGGCUGAAGGGAUUUGACAAGUACAAAGGUGGUCUCGACACCGUACACGAUUUGACGGGCCUAUAUUCUGUCUACACCAAUUGGAGGGGAAUCGAGAUAAUGUUCCACGUGUCUACCUUAUUGCCUUACGAGAAACACGAUCCACAAAAACUUCAGAGAAAAAGGCACAUUGGCAACGAUAUAGUGUGCAUCGUAUUUUUGGAAGCCGACAACACGACCUUCAGUCCAGCUUGCAUCAAGUCGCACUUUUUGCACACAUUUAUCUUGGUGCGAGUGAGUCCACGGAUAAAGCGGAAAAUCACGAGAUACGAGGUGUCCGUAGUUACAAGGGAUGAAGUUGGGGCCUACAAACCGUAUCUAUGGGAGCAAAGUGUCUUCGAAAAAGGUCCGAUGUUCCGAGAAUGGAUAUUAACGAAAAUCGUGAAUGGCGAAAGGGCGAGUUACUCCGCGCCGAAAUUCGCGAGAAUGCAGGAACGGACGAGAAGUCAAAUGUUGGAGGAUAUCGUGGCGAAUCUCGCUAAUCACGCGGAAACGGGCCAGAUUCCGAAACCAUACAGACGAGGUUCUUGGCGACCGAUUGGACACAUGAGACCGUCUUCACCAUUGUUGGACUCUGUGCGAGAUCAGUUCGAAGACUAUGAUCACCUUGCAAAGGACUUUACUAAGGUCUUCCUCAAUAAUUCAGCGAACAUAACGGUGAACACUAGUCUUUUCGACGUGUCUUUCCUCGUGCCGGGACUGCAAAAACAAAAAGUCCGAUUCGUCGGCGUUAGGGCAAUUCUAGCAGUAAGAAGCAGAGUGUUUCAAGAAAUGUUAUAUGGAAUUCAAGCGGGCUUCGGAAGCCCGCAAGUACCGGUUGCUGAGUUGCUCGCAAGACCGGCGCCGACAUUGCUUAGCCCGCAGAAGCCGAAGAGCUCGAAUUACCUACAAGUUCCCGACAUGGAGAGUCCUAGGCCCAAAAGUGUCCCUUCGUCGCCGAUGGUGAAACGGGCCUUCUCUCGACUGGGUACGAUCACGGCAGGCUGGGGAAGGAGUAUCAGAAAACAUGGCAGCACUCUGCAGAGCGAGGAUCGAAAGCGAUGGGCCAGCUCGCAGGAUUGCACUAAUAAGGAAGCAAAGGAUAAGGAUAAAGCACCCCAAUCAUUGGCACUACCGCGACUCAGCGUUUGCGCGGACGCGCAGAAAGUAGAUAGAACUAAACUUGCACAGACCGAGUUUGAAAUCAUCGAGUUCGAUCCAGAGACUUUCCGAAUUCUGCUGGACUACCUGCACACCGGGUCCUGUCCAUUGACAUGCAGGAACAUACCUGGUCUGAUAUGUGCCGCGGAGCACUACGACCUGCCGGAACUUCUUCAGGCUUGCUUCCACCACGCCAAGCAAUUCCUCAGGGUCGAGAUUGUCUGCGUGAUGUUGUGCGCCCUUGAGAAUUAUUACUGGCGUUACACGUCCGCCUCGGAAUUGGUCAACAUGAUCCUCGCGUUCAUCGAGACGCGGGCCGAGUUGCUGUUUAACCAUCCGGACUUCGUCACUCUGAGCGAAUCGAUGGUGCAGAUGAUCAUGUGCCGUAGCCUCGAACUAGCGGAGGUCAAGAAGUUCGAGGCGAUGCUGAACUGGGCGAAGCACAGAAUCAAAACUAAGUCGACCAAGAUCGAUGCCAAGGUGGAGUUCAAGUGCAUCAUGGACAGGCUCAGCAGGGACCUCAAGUUACAUAAGAUAACGCCUCAAGAACUAAUCAGGAUUGUAUUACCAUCGAAAGUUAUAAAGAACGAGAGGAUUCUUGACACUCUGAUGUACCAAGCGAAUUCAGGCAUAUACAGAAACGUCGACAGCUGUUUGGAGGCGUAUCAGAGGAUGCAUCUACAGGAUCAAGAAAGUUUCGAUUGUGGACUAUGAAAGUUAACCAACACGCGAAAGGUGCCGCAAGGACGAAGUGUACCUGAAAAACGCGUGACGAUAAAGGACCCAUGAAUUUUUCUGAUGAUGAGAAAAUUAUUCUCUUGUAACGUUGCGGCAUCCUUUUCGCGUUAGUUGAUAUUAUUGCCGUGAAAAGACUUCGAUUAUUCGCAUGUAACGUUAGUUGAUAUUACAUGCGAAUAAUCGAAGUUUUUUCACGGCAAUGACCUGCAACUAGAUCACUUUAACUGAUCAGAAAUUUUAGUUGCGUGAUUCUUCUACAAAGAGAAGAGACAUAUCGACAAUCUCUCUCCGAUGGGAGAAUGGAUUUUCCGAAAGGAAGAGGAUUUUCAUUGGAGUCACUUCGUGAUUUCGACGAAAUCUUUGCGAAUAUCAAACGAGACCUCGACUAGCCUGGUUCCGGCAGCGCUCCGGUAACGAUUAUAUCAAAAAGCGAGAGAGGCGAAAAGAGAAUAAAUGAGAUAGAAAUCGCGCGAUUUCACACGCAGAACACGUAUUCCGCGAUCUCCUUUUCCAAAGAUAUUUUUCAGGAGUCGAUUUCUUCUUCGAUGUUCCAAAGGAGGAAAUAUUUUUACACGAUCUCGGUUGGUCGUCCGCGAUGCGUAAUAUUUUCCAGCGCCGAUUUCCCGCUGUAUAUUAUGUUAUUAUAUAAGUAACAAGUAAUAUUAUGGUACUUGUAUAAUGCGCGUAAAGGUAUAAGACCGUUAAUCCUCAACCACUACGGUGAGUUCAAAUCUGUUCCCAAUGCAGAUUUCUCAGUUUUCAAUUUUGCGCCAGAAAUAGUGUCUGAUUGAUAUCUGACUAUUGUUUGUGCUUCACAAUCUAUAUGUUUUUCAAACUCUUGGGCUUGAAAUGAAAUAAUUUGACUACUUUCCAAAUAACUGCGUGAAAGUUCAUUUUAUGUACCAUUAGUUAUAGUAAUAUAUAAUAUUAUGAGUUUCUCUCUAUCUCUCUCUUUCUGUUUUUUACUUUCUACUAAAAAUUACUAUUACUAGAAAGAUGUAAUGAUUUUUUCUUUGUCGAACAUAAUAAUAGAAUUAGACAGGCACAUCAAUAAUAAUAAAAAAUGAUUGUACUCUGUCAUUGUCCAAAAUUGAUCUUACUGUAGUUGUUAUUUCAUUCAAAUACAUAUAUUUAUAGUAGUUGAGGAUUAAAAUCGGUCUCCUCCCGCUACGGAGGGCGCUAAACUGUUAAGUGUCUUAUUGUUCAGGCAAGCGGCUGGACGAAAGUAGAGUUUCGAAAUAUCGCCAUUCGACGAAAUCCGAUUAUCCAGAUUAUAAUUCAUGUAUUUGUUUACUCUUAUUAUUAUGCAAAUUCGGUUUUUUUUUUACAAAAAAGGCAUUUUUGUAAAUAUAUUUAGCGCAUAACAAAGAAAAAAUUAAGAUACAAGUGUAUAAAUCACGGAUAUAAUAAUUAUUUUUCUAAUUAAUUUUAGUUAGUAACUUUCUUGGAGAAUGAUGAGUAUUAAAGUCUUCACGUAAGUGAAUCAUAAUUUCCAGAAAACAAAUUCAAAUAUAGGACACGAUAAUAGAAAACGGAUCGCGAAGCGGGUGAAAUUCGAAAUUCUACUUUGUCAGUGUGUAAGCGUAGUUUUAGUGUGUGAUGGAAGUGUAUUCGAUUAUUCAUUGUACCUACGACGUCUCCCAAUCUAUGUAGAGACGCGCCAUAAGCUCAUUAUUCAUUCGUUAUGUUUAUCGGAGUAAAACUCGGCGCAGGUUCACUUAGGAUUACUGAUGGAAUUUUUCGUUAUCGUGAUAAUUACGAUUACGUAAUUGCGCAGUGAUUUAUAAGAUUCGAGAUUUGUUCAAAUAUGAUUAUCGAUAAAAUUGACCAUAAGCAUUGCGCUUAAGAACCGAUAUGUAAUAUUUUUAAUGUGCGUUUAAACAAUUUAAUCUACGAUAUUCGAUCGAUCGCGACUCGAUGGCAAAUGUGUUCUGCGAACAUCUAGCUGGCAAAUGUAAAUGCAUCGAGUCGUCUAUUCGCGUUUAUCCGAAAAUCUGUAGCAUCAAAAAUCAAACUAGCUGAAAUACCGAUAUCAAAUAUCUUUGCUUGAAAAGAUCUGAACCUGCGCUCGAGUUUGCUAAAAAAAAAAAAAAUAUCACGAAUCAGUACAAACUUACGCCUGUCGUGUGUAUAACUCUUCCUCCUCUCGCGCCGUGGCACGAGUAUAUACUAAUGUACAAAACGAAACUUUUUUUACUGUACUCGACGACAGUCCAGGCGUUGCUCGUUGUCAAGAAAGAUAGAGCGAAAAGGGGGGAGUGUAGGGCGCCAAGCCGAGGUACCCCCUCGAGAACACCCCAAAAAAAAGAAAAUUUGAAAAAAGUCAUCGAACGCCAUUCUGUCCAGCCAUUGCCGCCUAUUGUUCAACUGUACAUUCACGCAAAUGUGUAAAUAAAUUGUUUCGCAGAGGGAUAGAGGAGGCAAAUGAAAAAAAAAUAAACAGAAAGAGAGAGAGAAAUAUAUAUAUAUAUACGUAUACGUAUAUAUUAAAAUGUAAACACACACGCACACAUGACAUACAUGUGCACACGUAUAAAGAGAGGGGUGAGAAAGAGUAUAAUGCGACGAGUCAAAACUGCGUGACGAAAUAUUGUGAGCCACGUGAGCGGACUCCGGCGAGUAAGUAGCGUAAGUAAGUGUAAUAUCAGACGCACAUUGAGGCGGAUUUUCGAAAGGGAAAAAAAAAUCGCGUCGUUAAAAUCAUCUUUUUGCCCUAAAGGGUGUAAGAUCAUUUUUAUCAAUUUUGCCAAAAUAAUUUGCUAUCAAAUGGAAUGCCAUGAAGGAUUAAAACUGAAGGUUUAUCAGUCUCUUAAUCUUUCUUGGCUGCUUGUGUUGUGUAUAUAAAAUUUGCUGGUAACAUUCUGUUGUACAUUUUAUAGUGGACAAGUUUUUAACGAUUAAUCCAUUCUAAUAAAUCAAAAUACUGUUAUAAAUUUUAUCAAGCAGUUGUAAGUCGUUGUUUGCAUAUAAGUUACAAUAGGCUGUUAAAUACGUUGAUCGAUUAUAUAAAUUCUGACGUUCCGCGGAAUUAAGAAUGACGAUGCAUGUGCUCGGACGUGCCACUGUAUCACGCAGAACUCAAUGUGUGCCUGGCUAAGGAUUAUCUCUGCGUUUUGUGCGAUGUACGAGGGUUGUGCAUAAUCUUAAGCGUUUCUCGCGAAUUCUCCGGUAUGCGUCUGGUUAUUUGUGCGAUAGUCUAUAUAAAUGCCGUUGUCGUGAUGCCGUGUACGUGUUGUCAUUCUUAUCUUGUUAAAUACUCGCUGUUCUUAUCGACAUUAUACCGCUGCCAUUGGAUUUUCAUCGUCUCGUUGUUGUUGUUGUUGUCGUUAUUGUUAAGGGGGAAACGUAUUGUCCGUUCAUUCAAUUGCACGCACAGACGGCAGCGACGAGAUACCACGACUAUUUCUUUUUUUUUUUUACUUCGCGGCACUGUACCCUUCCCGUGAAACAUGAUAAAUUUUUAAUUAUACUCCUGUGUAAUUUUAUUAAAAAAAAUUCUAUAGAAUGUGUGUUCGGAUUUUUGCAAAGCAUUUAAUUUAAUUUGAAUGAUAGAAUACAAAAUAUCAUUCCUAAAUAUGCUUAAACUGAAAACGAUCUAUUUUGUUAUGAAUAACCCACCGAUAUUCAAAUUAUUUCCACAGUGUGGCCGAUACAAAAGUAAAAGUCGUGGUUCUCGAUUCCUGCAACUAUACAUUUCUCUCAUUGUCAGUAUGAAAAUAUUGAGUGAUCGAUAUCAGUUUGUAAUUAGCCCAAAUGUUAUUUCGUUCAUUCGGAUUUUUAAUUCCACUAUAUUAAUAAUAUGAUUGAUCGUUUACAGAUUUCAACUUGCUUCGCCAUGAUAUUGUAUUAUAUUAAUUGAUUGAUAAUUUUUCAUCCUGAUAUAUCGCAUUCACAUUGUUGUAUACGUGGAUUCAAGUUACUAAAUAGUGCGUGUAACGGACAGGGUUACCGGAUAUCAAUUUUCGUAAAAUAUCAAAGAGCGUUUCGAGUUUCAUGCGAUCAUAUCGGUGUGAGAUCAUUGUGACCUGACAAUUGUGAAAAGUGCGUGCACACGAGUUUCUUCCUUCCGCUUGUCGUCGUGAUGAAUCUUAGGAACUCGCCGUGUCGCGCUUACGUGGUAACGAAUACAAAAAGAAUACAGAUAAAAUUAUGAACAAAGAUUUAUUGUAUAUGAAGCUACUGUGAUGUUACUGUUGAAUAUAAAAAAAAUAUAUAUACAUACACAUAUAUAUAUAUAUAUAUAUAUACACAUAAAAGAUGCUGUAUUUAAAGUCGUGUCUAAAGAUUGUUUUCUUUUAUCUCCUCGCUCACCGAAACAAAGUCUGUCGUGAAUCUGUGAAAGUGAAAUUGUAAUUUAUAUUCGUACAAGCAAACUAUUUUUUAAAGAUGACAACGUGACUGAUCUAUUAUGUAAUACAGGCAAUAAAAAUGUAUUGUGCUAGA